AUGUCCCGGCUGGUGGAAUGUGUCCCCAACUUCUCAGAGGGAAACAACCAGGAGGUGAUUGACGCCAUCUCUCAAGCGGUGGCGCAGACCCCAGGCUGCGUGCUGCUGGACGUGGACGCCGGCCCCUCCACCAACCGCACCGUCUACACUUUCGUGGGGCGCCCUGAGGAUGUGGUGGAGGGGGCCCUCAAUGCCGCCCGCGCUGCCCAUCGGCUCAUCGACAUGAGCCGGCACAGAGGGGAGCACCCCCGGAUGGGUGCCCUGGACGUGUGCCCCUUCAUCCCGGUCAGGGGCGUCACCAUGGACGAGUGCGUGCGCUGUGCCCAGGCCUUUGGCCAGCGGCUGGCAGAGGAGCUGGAUGUGCCAGUGUACCUCUACGGCGAGGCAGCGCGGGCGACCAGCCGCCAGUCCCUGCCGGCCAUCCGGGCUGGGGAGUAUGAGGCGCUCCCUGAGAAGCUCAAGCAGGCCGAGUGGGCACCCGACUUCGGGCCCAGCGCCUUCGUUCCCAGCUGGGGGGCCACCGCCACAGGGGCGCGGAAGUUCCUCCUCGCGUUCAACAUCAACCUGCUCAGCACCAAGGAGCAGGCGCACCGCAUCGCCCUCAAUCUCCGUGAGCAGGGUCGUGGGAAGGACCAGCCAGGACGCCUGAGCAAGGUGCAGGGCAUCGGCUGGUACCUGGAUGAGAAGAACCUGGCUCAGGUGUCCAUGAACCUCCUGGACUUUGAGGUCACAGGGCUGCACACAGUCUACGAGGAGACCUGCAGAGAAGCCCAGGAACUGAGCCUUCCAGUGGUGGGCUCACAGCUGGUGGGCCUGGUGCCUCUGAAGGCCCUGCUGGACGCGGCCGCCUUCUAUUGCGAGCAGGAGAAUCUGUUCCUCCUGGAGGAGGAGCAGAGGCUCAGGCUGGUGGUGAACCGGCUGGGCCUGGACUCCCUGUCCCCCUUCAACCCCAAGGAGCGGAUCAUCGAGUACCUGGUCCCCCAGGAUGGGCCCAAGCAAAGCCUGAUGGACCAGCCCCUGCGCGCCUUCAUCCAGGCCGUGGGCGCCCGCUCGGCAGCCCCGGGGGGUGGCUCUGUGGCCGCAGCCAGUGCAGCCAUGGGCGCCGCCCUGGCCUCCAUGGCCGGCCUGAUGACCUAUGGGCGGCGCCAGUUCGAGCACCUGGAUGUGACCAUGCGACGCCUGAUCCCACCCUUCCACACCGCCGUGGCUGAGCUGACUGCGAUGGUGGACGCUGACGCCCGGGCCUUCGAGGCCUAUCUGAAAGCGACAAAGCUGCCCAAGAAUACACCUGAGGACAAGGACAGACGUGCGGCCGCCCUGCAGGAGGGGCUGAGGCAGGCGGUGGCUGUGCCCUUGGCGCUGGCAGAGACGGUGGCCUCGCUGUGGCCGGUGCUGGGAGAGCUGGCUCUGUGCGUGAACCUGGCCUGCAGGUCAGACCUGCAGGUGGCAGCCAAGGCCCUGGAGACAGGUGUGUUUGGCGCAUAUUUCAACGUGCUCAUCAACCUGAAGAAUGUCACUGAUGAUGCGUUUAAGGACCAGGUCCGCCAGCGCAUCUCCGGCCUCCUGCAAGAUGCCCAGACGCAGGCAGCGCUGGUGCUGGACCGGCUGGAGGCCCGGCAGGAGUGA